AUGGACAGAGGCAGCCACAGGAAUGCUUCCCCAGCAAGGACACCUCCUCAAGGUUCCCCAGCAAGGACACCUCCUCAAGGUUCCCCAGCAAGGACACCUCCUCAAGGUUCCCCAGCAAGGACACCUCCUCAAGGUUCCCCAGCAAGGACACCUCCUCAGGCUUCUCCAGCAAGGAUGUCUCCCCAGGCUUCCCCAGCAAGGACAUCUCCAGCCCGGGCAUCUCCAGCCCGGGCUUCUCCAGCCCGGGCUUCUCCUGCUCGGGCUUCUCCUCUUCAGGCUUCCCCGGCAAGGACAUCUCCAGCCGUAGUAUCACCUUCCAGGUCAUCGUCGGGCAGGUCGUCAUCUGCCAGGUCAGCCUCUACGACAUCCUCCCCAACGAGAGUGUACCUUGUUAGAGCAACACCAGUGGGGGCUGUCCCCAUCCGGGCAUCUCCUGCCAGGUCAGCAGCAGCCACCAGGGCCACCAGGGAGAGCCCAGGUCUCAGCUUGUCCAAGUUCUCCUGGCAGGAGGCCCAGAGACAGCUGCCACUCAUCGGGUGUGUCAUCCUUCUCAUCAGCCUGGUGAUCUCACUCAUCCUUCUCUUCUACUUCUGGCGAGGCCAUACAGGGAUCAAGUAUAAAGAGCCGUUGGAGAGUUGCCCGAGCCAUGCAGUUCGCUGUGAUGGAGUGGUGGACUGCAAAAUGAAAAGUGAUGAGCUGGGCUGUGUCAGGUUCGACUGGGACAGGUCUCUGCUGAAGGUCUAUUCUGGUUCCUCUGGUGAGUGGCUCCCUGUCUGCAGCAGUAGCUGGAAUGACAGCGACUCCAAGAGGACCUGCCAGCAGCUGGGCUUUGACAG